UUUUUUUAUGCUGUUUUUGGGUAGCUGGUCUCCUUGUUCAAGAUGUUUAUGGUUAUAUAUCAUAAUGGUAGUAAUGGUUUGUGUGUAUGUGUGUGCCAUUGACGAGCCUGGUGCAAAAUCUAAAAGAGGAAGCACAAAGGAAUAUAGGAGGAGCUUGAGAAAGGAGGGAUAUGAUGAACUGAGAAAAAGAGGGAACAGAAUAGAGAGUGGGAGGAAGAAAAACAGAGAUGCAUGUGUGGUAGAGAACACAGAGAUAGGGUAAUGAGAAGAGCUUGGCAGAGGGACAUGUGAAAUCAAUAGAGAAAAAUAAAGGUACAUCAGGAAAGGAAAGUCAAAGAAAAAGGCCUGAAGUGUCCAAGACUGGAUGUACCAUAAAAGACCAACAUGUGGACAGUUUUUCAUUUCAUUUGGAAAUUGAUGGAGCAACCUGUUGCACCUUGAUCAUGGCCCAAAGCAAAUGGACGAAUUAACCAUCCUGGCAUAUGUAGACAUUUUUUAUUUUUUUGUAUCUGCAUCUUAUGAAAACUAGUAUAAGAAAACAGAAAGAACACUGGGUCACUAUGCAGGAUGACUCACAUGAUUGCCUUGAAAUGAUCACCAAAUAUCCUGAGGACUUGUCACAACAAAAAGGGGAUAUAAACCAAAUAAGAAAACAGAGUAAGCAUGAAGGAAUACAGAAAGCCAAUAAAUCUGCCCAGGAUGGGGAUAAACAACCGACUGGUAGUGGAAUCAGGCAGCACAACAUUGAGCUAGGAAUUGCUAAGAAGGAGAACACCCCAGAACCUCUUCAAGCAUGCACAUCUUUUAGGACAUCCAAUACAACCACAAAUGGCCCUGCAUACCCAUCACUUCCUGAAGCCAUUAUGGAAGACAACACUAACAGUGGUCUAGGGAACUGCUUACAAUCCUGCAGAACUGAUCAUGAUUGUACAGAAGCAGAGCCAGAUGUCAUGGGAGUCCCUGAGCGUCAAAGUGUGAGAAUUCGGCGCACUACUGCCACAGGUGCAUGCCGUUGUUACCAAGCAGUGCGGCUAGGAUUUCUGCAGUGCCUGGAGGACACCCCGUUUGUGGUACCAGGCCUGGUAUUGACCAUCUUGUUUUGUGUGACCAUCAUCGUCAUCAUUGCUGCUACUGGCAGACAUAUCACUGGUUAUGUCGGAGCAUUAUCAGUGGUGUGUGUGGUGCUCUGUCUUUGUGUCCCGCUGUUGGUGUGUUUGCCAUGCCUGCCCACCUUGCGCAGGUGUGAACAGAUGCUUGCGCUCUCCAUCUGGUUCAUGCUAUUCAUCACUGCCAUUGUCUUCAUCUUCACCGACAAAGUCGUCACAGCAUGGGAACAAGUAGCAUUUUUUCUCUUUCUCUCUCUAUCAGUAUACACAAUCUUUCCUCUUAGUUUCUGGUGGGCUAUGAUCUUUGGUAUCGGAGCCACUAUGUGUCACAUCAUCAUCAUCAGCGUCAUCGUGUCUGUUAGCCGCCCUAGGCCAAAAGAUGUGGAAGUGCAAGUGGUAGCAAAUGUAGUACUGUUUGUGUGUAUCAAUUGCGUGGGUCUUUUUCACCUCUGGCUUACUGAGAAUGCACGCAGAAAGUCCACCAUGAGCCGAGAAACCUUUAGCUACAACCGUUCCAAACGAGCCACACAGAAACGUGAUCAGGAACACCUCCUCCUGUCUGUGCUGCCACGGUACAUUGCUAUGGAGCUCAAAGGGGAGGUUGUCAAAGGUCUGUCGAGAACAUUCACAGGACCCGACAAUAAACCGAACUUCCAUAACUUGUAUGUCAAGCAACACAAAGACGUCAGCAUUCUGUAUGCAGACAUUGUAGGUUUCACCAGCCUCGCUAGCACCUGCACUCCUGAGGAACUUGUCAUUGUCCUUAACAAACUCUUCGGCAAGUUUGAUGACCUUGCCAAGAAAAAUGAAUGUCUACGUAUCAAGAUUCUGGGUGACUGCUACUACUGCGUUUCAGGCCUUCCAGAUCCGAUCCCUCACCACGCACGCAACUGUGUACAGAUGGGUCUGAAUAUGUGCACUUCCAUAAACAAGCUGAGGGAGGCAACAGGUGUGGACAUCAGCAUGAGGGUUGGUGUGCACUCAGGAAACGUGCUUUGCGGGGUAAUUGGCUUGCUCAAGUGGCAGUAUGACGUCUGGUCAAAUGACGUAACUCUAGCCAAUCGCAUGGAGUCUGGAGGUGUUCCGGGAAGGGUUCACAUUACAGAAGAGACCCUUGGAAACUUAGGUGGGGCAUACCAAGUUGAGGAGGGGAACGGAGCCAGUCGGGAUUCUGCUUUGGAGGGCAGGAAGACGUAUUUAGUGAUUGACCCCAACACACAGAACAGCACUGAUACAAAACCAAAGACCAACUUCCUGGCGAUGAAUGGUAGACCAAAGCAGCGGGCUUCAGUGAGAAUGUCUCAGUAUCUACAGUCCUGGAAGAGCAUCAACCCAUUUUCAGAGCUCAAUCGAUCAGAAGACACGAUCACUGUCCCACUCAGCACAUCGAAUGACUUCAGUCAGUCAUUGGGGGACACGGAAUCAGUAAGGCAUCCGCCAUAUACUUCCAACCAAGAAAGCAGGCGUUCAUUUGUGUCGGAAAAUGGAUCAAUGGCGUCACUGGACCCACUAGAUGUUUCAGGAUCAAAAAUGAAGAAACUCAACUGGUUGACACUGUUUUUCUGUGAUAUAAACAUGGAGAAGCAGUAUCGGCUGAGCGAGGUAAAGGAUGUCCAUCAGUCUGCGGCCUGUCUCGCUCUUGUCUUCACUGCCAUAUUCAUUGUACAGAUGCUUACCUCGCAAAAAAAUACACCUCUGGCGAUAUCAUAUGGAGUUACCUUUCCUGUCCAGUUGCUGUUACUGGUGGUGAUCAGUGUGGGAUUUUUAAAGCAAUGGAACUCUAAGAUCCCGCCCAGCAUUAAAUGGAUGUCAUUACUACCAUAUGGAGUAGUCACCAAGGCAGUGCUGAGACUACUCCUGGUCUUCACCUGUCUCCUUAUCACACUACUUAUGGCCAUUCUGAACAUAGUGUUUAUUCCAGGUGAUAAAUGCCUAGACUCCCCCAACAAUGCCACCACUCUGGAUUAUUUAAAUCUCUAUUCUGUACCGUAUUAUCUGUAUUGCUGUUUACUGGCGAUGCUGGCAGUGGUGGUGUUCGUACGCCUGUCUUUUUCCGUUAAAUUCUUUCUCCUCACACUUGCACUAGUUGUCUACCUCGCUCUCUUCCUGUAUGUGUAUGCACCACGUUCUGAUUGUUACAUGCUGCAACUCUACAACAAUUCCAAUCCGGGAGUUCUAAAGGAGCCCAAGAUCAUGUCAGGCAUUUGGCUCUGCAUUUUCUACUUCGCCUCUCUAAUUCUUGCCCGACAGGACGAGCUGGCCUGUCGAGUCGAGUUCCUUCUACAGAAAUGUUUUGAGAAAGAGCGUGAAGAGAUGGAGACAACAGAAAAUGUCAACAAGCUCCUCCUCGAAAAUCUGCUGCCUUCUCAUGUUACCAAUUUCUUUAUUGGCAAAACUGUACCCAACCAGGACUUGUACAGUCAGUCUUGUGAAGCUGUGUGCGUGAUGUUUGCCUCGGUACCUGAGUUUAAGAAUUUCUACACAGAGAGCAAUGAAAAUGGAGAUGGCCUGGAGUGUCUGAGAUUCCUCAAUGAAAUCAUCACAGACUUUGACGAGCUCCUAAUCAAGCCCAAAUUCAAUGUCGUUGAGAAAAUUAAGACUAUUGGCACCACAUACAUGGCUGCUGCUGGGCUGACCAAUCCCACCACAGGGGAGGAGCGAAAAGUAAGACUGCAAAAGUCAAUUAAUGGAAAGGACAGUGACGCAUGCAAAAAUAAUGUGCGAAGUAUGGUGGACUUUGCCAUGGCUUUGAUGGGAAGGUUGGAAUACAUCAACAGACACUCUUUCAACGACUUCAAACUCAGGAUAGGAAUAAACCAUGGCCCUGUCAUUGCUGGGGUAAUUGGAGCCCAUAAACCUCAAUAUGAUAUCUGGGGAAAUGCUGUGAAUGUAGCCAGCAGAAUGGACAGCACUGGCAUACUGAAUAAAAUACAGGUGACUGAAGAAACUGCGCAGGUGGCUCAAAGCAUUGGCUUCAUAGUAACUAAGAGAGGUGUAGUUCACGUGAAAGGCAAAGGACAGCUUACCACUUACUUCAUCAACACUGAGCCCUCAUCACAGCACCCAUAACUGAUAGCAAAAAUACAGUACAUACACUGUACUGUAUGGAUAUGUGUCACCAGUCUGUCAUUUUUUACUGUAUGAAAUGAGUAAUAACUGAGACAUGAAUUUCAGACAGAAUUGGGCAAGAUUUUGUAACAGUACUUCAUUCUGUCUUAAAUCUUAAAAGUUUCAUUACAACAGUUAAGGUACAGUUAAUGCUGCACUUAAAUGUUUACAAGUUCUGUGGCUUUGCACGUUUGCCAGAUGCACUUCUCUGAUAUUAGAAUGUCAUUUUGUUGGAUGUUUUCAUUAAUGCCUUUGUUUAGCAUAAUUAUUUAUUAUGACUGUUGUAUGUACUUUCAAACACACAGUGACCAGUUUUUUAUUAAUAAUUAAAAUUCAUAAAUAUG